AUGGGGCCGGGGUGGCUGCUGCCCGUGCUGGCCCUGGCACUGGUGCUGGCUGUGGGGUCCCAGCCGCAGGAGCAGAUCCCCAGGGAGGCCCACAACCUCAACUGGAGUAAGUUUGCAGGGUUCUGGUACAUUCUUGCCAUCGCCUCUAAUGCCCCAGGAUUCUUGCCGAGCAGAGACAAGAGGAAGCUGGGGGCGUGCAUGGUGAGGGUUCACAAAACGGGCCAGCUGAAGGUGGUCCUCGCCUUCAACCGGUCGCAGGGGUGCCAGUCCCACACGUUACUUCUGCGGAAAGACAGGAAGAAGGCCGUGUUCAGGAACACCCUGAAGGGUGUGGAGGGCUUCCGCGUGCUGUGCACCGACUACAGCUCCGGCCUCGUGCACCUGCGCCUGGGCCGGGCCGGCCGCUCCUCCAAAACCCUGCUGCUCUUCAGCAGACAGACCACAUCCAGCUUCCCAAGUAUGAAAAAAUUCGUAGACACGUGUGAGAUGUUGGAGCUCUCAAAGAGUGCGACCAUUCUCCCGAAAGACGCCUCCUGUGCGCACACCAUUCUGCCGUGAGAGGGAGCCGCCCGCCUGCUCUUUCCUUCGGGGCUUGACUUGCGGUCCCCCUAGACACCUGGAGUGUUGUUCCAGGUUGCAGGUCUCAUAUCCAGCUGCUUGUUGAGAAGCCUUUGGUGACCCCAAGGCCUUGAAGGUCUGGAACCCAGGGCCACGGCUCUAGCCCAAAAGGAAUCUUUCAUGA